AUGGAAACAGAAAAUCUAACCACACUAAAUGAAUUCAUCCUUAUGGGAAUCACAGACCGCCCUGAGCUGCAGGCUCCAUUAUUUGGGCUGUUUCUCCUCAUCUAUGUGAUCUUAGUGGUGGGCAACUUGGGCAUGGUCAUCCUCACCAAGGUGGAUGCCAGGCUCCAAACACCCAUGUACUUCUUUGUUAGACACUUGGCUUUUACUGACCUUGGUUGUUCCACAACAGUAGGACCCAAAAUGUUAGUAAAUUUUGUUGUGGAUCGAAAUGCAAUCCCCUAUUAUUCUUGUGCUACACAACUAGCAUUCUUUAUUGUGUUCAUUAUUAGUGAACAUUUUAUUCUAUCUGCAAUGUCCUAUGACCGCUAUGUGGCCAUCUGUCACCCUCUGCUCUACCCAGUUAUCAUGUCACAAAAGGUAUGUUGGGUGCUGGUGGCAAUCCCCUAUCUCUAUAGCACAUUUGUGUCUCUUCUCAUCAGUAUAAAGAUAUUUAAUUUAUCCUUCUGUGGCUAUGGUGUCAUCAGGCAUUUCUACUGUGACAUCUUCCCUUUGUUGUCCUUGCUCUGCUCAAAUACACAUGAAGUUGAACUCAUCAUUCUGAUCUCCGCAGGUUUUAAUUUGAUUUCAUCCCUCCUGAUAGUGCUUGUGUCUUACCUAUUUAUUCUUGAAGCCAUUCUCAGGAUGAACUCUGCUGAAGGUAGGCACAAGGCUUUUUCAACCUGUGGAUCCCACCUGACAGUGGUCACCGUGUUCUAUGGGACUCUGAUAUUUAUGUAUGUGCAACCAGAGUCCAGCCAUUCCUUUGACACUGAUAAAGUGGCUUCUAUAUUUUACACCCUCAUUAUCCCCAUGUUAAAUUCCUUGAUAUAUAGCUUGAGAAACAAAGACGUAAAUUGUGCCAUACAAAGGAUGUGGAAAAAACUAUGCAACUUUUUCUCCUAA